CGUGUGCCCGGCUCGCGCUGCCUGGGGACCCUCUUCCCUCGGAACAUGGGGACCCCGAAAGGCCCUGGCCACUUUUGUCCGCUGCAGGCGGGCGAGUCGCGACGUUUGUAAAUUGCAAACAGACCCACGUGGUGCUGCAGCAGUCCCGGCCAUGCUUGCUGCUGGUGGCUUUCACCCCGCGCUUCCUCCUCCCCCCGCCCGCUUUGGCUUCCUUCCUUUCCCUGCUUCCUGGCGCUUUCUGGGAACCCUCUUCUAAGGAGGUUUUCGGGGGUCCAGGGCGUGCCUGAGGACAGCUACGAUGCAGCCAUGCUGUGGCUCCAGGCUGUGGGGGGGGAGGCGGGGAGCCGGGCGGUGUGAGCGUUUGCAGAGAGCAGGGCUGCAGCAGUGUUGGGGGCGUGCUCGCCUGGCGCUGCGGGCCGUACGUGGACCUUCAGUGGCCGCGCUGCCAGUAGAGAAGCCGCGGUCCCCCACACGUUGGCACUCACUAGCUUGCUUGCCCGCCGCCCGCACCCGGGCGCUGUUUACUAGCGAGGCCUGGACGUGACUCUGCAGCCCUCUUGGAGUAGGCGGACCUCUGCGCGCGCGGCCUCGCGGGAGCUGUAGUUCUCCAUGCCGGCCUUGCCAACAUUCCACUGACCCCUGAGACCCAGCGGGACCAGGAGAGGCGGAUUCGGCGGGAGAUUGCCAACAGCAACGAGCGGAGGCGCAUGCAGAGUAUCAACGCAGGCUUCCAGUCCCUCAAGACCCUCAUCCCCCACACGGAUGGAGAGAAACUCAGCAAGGCAGCCAUUCUCCAGCAGACGGCAGAGUACAUCUUCUCUCUCGAGCAGGAGAAGACUAGACUCCUGCAGCAGAAUACACAGCUCAAGCGUUUCAUCCAGGAGCUGAGCGGCUCAUCCCCCAAGCGGCGUCGGGCAGAAGAUAAGGACGAGGGCAUUGGCUCACCCGACAUCUGGGAGGAUGAGAAGGCUGAGGACCUCAGGAGGGAGAUGAUUGAGCUCCGGCAGCAACUGGACAAGGAGCGCUCUGUGCGGAUGAUGCUGGAGGAGCAGGUGCGUUCCCUUGAGGCCCACAUGUACCCGGAAAAACUCAAGGUGAUCGCGCAGCAGGUGCAGCUGCAGCAGCAGCAGGAGCAGGUGCGGUUGCUGCACCAGGAGAAGCUGGAGCGGGAACAGCAGCACCUGCGGACCCAGCUUCUGCCCGCGCCAGCCCCGACGCACCACCCCACAGUGAUUGUGCCUGCACCGGUCCCCCCUUCCUCCCACCACAUCAAUGUGGUCACCAUGGGUCCCUCCUCAGUCAUCAAUUCUGUUUCCACGUCCCGGCAAAAUCUGGACACCAUUGUGCAGGCAAUCCAGCACAUUGAGGGCACCCAGGACAAGCAGGAGCUGGAGGAGGAACAGAGGCGAGCGGUUAUCGUCAAGUCUGUCCGCAGCUGCCCAGAGGCACCCACCUCCGAUACCGCCUCCGACUCCGAGGCCUCGGACAGCGACGCCAUGGACCAGAGCCGGGAGGAACCUUUAGGGGAUGGGGAGCUUCCCUGACCACCCCCCAGCCCUCCUCUCCCUCUGGGGGUCAGAGGGGGCCGGGGUAACGACAGGGAGAAACAUGGGUGAAUGAGUGAGAAAUUUUUACAAAAUUAUGAUGUCAUUUGGGUCUCUUUUAUGACCUCUUUUUCAAUACUGUAAGUCGACCUUUGAUCGAAGCCAUCCAAGCCCAGGUCCCGGGUUUGGGGUGGCAUAGCACGUGUGGGAGCAUUGGGACUCCAGGGCUGGGCCUCGGCCCUGGGGCCGGGGAAGCUGACACUGAGGUGCCGGGCCUCUCUCCGCCAAAAAGCUUUUCUUGUUUGUUUGUUUGUUUUCCUUCCAUUUAAACGUGUUUUUAAGAACAGGGAAAAUCAAACAAAACCCCAAGGUAUUCCUCCCUCCCCAGAGCCAGCCGGAGACGGUCAGUCUUCAGCCCCUUCCCUCCUCUAUUGGGUUUUCCUUUUUCCUCUUUUAAGCACUUACAUGGGUUGGGGGUCAGGCUGGGUUGGGGCUUUCUGGGGACCCGGGAGUCUACAUUGUUUCUGGGUUGGGGUUCGCUGCUGCCAUUCUCCCUCUCCCCCUCCCUCCCCACCUCAGCACCAGAAUUGGCCACACUCUCCACUUCCACCUUUCCCUCCAGGGUUCCCACCAUUGACCCGAAAAAUGUCUUCGUCUCUCUUUUUGUUUUGUUCGUUGUUGGUUUUAUUUUGGUUUUGGUUUCUGUAAUUUUUUUUGAUUUUUCUUUUAUCCUUUUUUUUUAAAAAAUAAUUUUGAGGUCUUUGUGUCCAGGGAGAAGCUAUUAUAUUUUGUUAAGAAAGUGGGGGUAGGGAACAAAAUACCAAGAGGCCAUUGUGCCUUUGUAAAGAAACAAAAUAAAAUUUGUACUUUGUUUUGUA